AUGUGUGAUACGGAGCUAAGCGAGCUGGUGAAAAAGUUCCAGGCCAUUCAGCGACAGGAGGUCCCCAAUCAGAUUGGAGAGCGUAACGUGGUUGAGAUUAUCAAUGUGUUGCGAGAAAAUAAACUGGUUGACCUCCUUUACACGGUUGAUGGCAAGGAAUACCUCACGUGGGAUCACCUGCGGCGCGAGGUUGUCGAUGAAAUUGCCGUCAAUGGUGGGCGGAUGAAUGUGGUUGACCUGCCCGGUUGUCUGAAUGUGCACGUCACAUAUAUUGAGCGUGUGCUCCCAGAGGUGCUCGAAGACCCUGCUAUCCGCAUUGAAGGCGGGGAGCUCAUGACAGACGAAUACUUGGACUCAACCGUUCGGGCUGCAGCCGAUGUGUUGAAUGAGCAAGGUUUUCUUGAUAUUUCGGAAUUCGCAAAAACUCAUCGAUUUAGCUCCAUUUUUGCACAAGACCUUCUCAUGAAAGCGAUGGAGUCAUGCAGGCUGCGUGCGAUUGCCGAGGGAAACGCCAUCUACACGAAGCAGUUUGUUCACUCGCAAAAAGUUAUCUUGCGGGCAGGACUUAUGGCGGUGAUGCGGCCAGUGAACCUGACAGCAUUCUUCGAGCGGCACAAUCUCUUUCUGCCGCUUAUGGAUUCCGUCGUCGAGGCCGUUCGCUCUGAAGCUCCUGGCAAAGUCGAGGGAGUGAUCUAUGUUCCAACUUGUUUUGAAGUCACUCGUGCAGAACAAGUGGAAAAUGUUUACUUCUCCAAUGGUUUCAUUGACUACACACAGUUGCACCGGCACGGCAUCCCGCAGGCGAAAGAAUUUCUUCUCGGAAAGUACAACCCUGCUUUGGGAGGGACUACAGCCGCACCUACAACAACAACAACCGGCACAGAGCCGCGUAAACGGCGAGGGCGUCGUAAUCAGAACACGGAGGCUUCUGUGGAAUCGGCACCGGUGGCUCGUACUGAACUUUACCCUAACGCGGGUCAUGCCCUUUCCAGUUGUUUUGUCUCCGAUCGAUUUCUCGCCAAUCUCAUUGCUCUUGAGGAUCUUGCGCAGGGCGACACUCUGGCGCUGGACCUUACAGUUCACCUGCCGUCCGCCGUAGACUUUGAGAAGGAUUCUGAUAUACUGCUGAGACGACUGCGUGAGCUGCAUCCUAUUAUUAAUUCUUGUGCCAUUCUAGACGGGGGCGUGCUUAUUCAUGAAUCGACCUUGGAUAAAGUGAAGGUGCGGCUGCAUGCUGUCUUUGAGGAGAUGCUCAAACAAAGGGGAGACAAGAAACCGAAAAAAGCCUCGGAGCGUACUGUGUUUGGAGAAGAACAAGAACAAGUAUUUAUGCAUGUAUUGGCCGAGGUGACAGGCCUCGCUUUGGAGGAAUACUCACAGGCCCUUGAGGAUCUUUCUUCUCAAUGGAUGGAUGUGGCGAGGGACAUCUAUGAUGAAUUGGUGGCUGCUGCAGAACAAAACGCGUCUGUGGACCUGAAGCGAACGCGUUCCAAGCUGCAGCUCUCACUGGGCGUAGCCUGGGUGCAGCUAUUUGUGGUCUUCAAGGGAGUUGCGUGGUGCUCGUCGCAGUUGGAUGUGCUUGUAUCUACGGCCAUUAAUAGGCACGUGUUGAACGCACGUGCCCUUCCAAUGGUGCGUGAUAUUCUUCUUAACGAGAGUCUGGAUGCGGCUGAGACGUUUGAGCGUGUAUCUGAGCUUGUGAUGCUGGAACAGCCCACUGGUACAGUACUCCAAAAGGCAUUGCGACUGUUUCCAGAAAAGCGGCGUUCAGCACUGUUGCCUAUGGUGGAGGCUGCCAAUGGCAAGUCGGUAGAGAACUUUAUAAAUCUUCUGCAAGAAAUGUGCACCACUGGUCAACUCGCAAUUUCCUCCUUUCACCAACCAAACAAAAAGGUGGAGAGGGAAACCCUUGCGGCGGUGAAGAAGGAACUGCAGGAGCGAGUCGAAAAGGCCAAGUUUGGUGCCGAUCCUGCUCAUAACGGUGCUCUUUUUGCAUUGAUUUGUAGUCUUCUUCUUCACACACAACUCCACGUCUACGUGGAGAUUCCUGGGCGAGCGGUAGGAGGUGUAGUGGCACUUCUCGCGAAGGAGACAGCGGCGGCGGCGUUUAGCGGGCUUCUCCGGGACGCCCAUGAGCUUAUCACAAGUGCAUUUAGCGGAAAAGAGCUGAGUGCCGAGUCUCUUGUGAAGCUUGAGGAGCUCCGCAGGAUGUCACUGGAAGGAGCGUAG